CUGUCAAAAAAAAUUUAAAUUUAAUCCAACUUGUUUAUUAUCUUGAACAACAGGACGCUUAUCAGCUACUGAUACCGACGGUUGAAGGUAUCAGGUGAAUUUUGAUCUGUUCCGGAUUUUUGAAACUAAGCACGAUGUGGUCAACUUUGAGGGCUUCCCUCCGACAGGUGACGCCAUUCCGGUACCAUUUCCGGCAGUUAUGUUCCGCUGUCGAGUCAACCGAAGUAAAGCCUUCGAAACCAGCGGAACCAGUCAUCCUGGUGGAAAAGCAAGGUAGCAUCACCAUGAUCGGUUUAAACCGACCUCAAGUAAGGAACGCGAUUGACGCCGAAACUGGGCGGAAGUUAACGGCGGCCAUCGAGCAGUUUGAAAACGAUGAAACGGCCACGGUUGGCGUGCUCCACGGAAUUGGUGGCUCGUUCUGUUCCGGAUAUGACCUCUCGGAGAUGACAUCGCCCGAUUACAAUCCACAGUCCGUAAUUCUGCAGCGGGCUGGCGUGAUGGGACCAACGCGUCGCAACUUCCGCAAGCCGGUUGUUUGUGCCGUUUCCGGUUACUGCGUGGCCGGUGGGCUCGAGUUGGCGUUGAUGUGCGACCUUCGCGUGGUGGAGGAGCAGGCCGUCAUGGGGUUCUACAACCGACGGUUUGGCGUUCCACUGGUGGACGGUGGUUCGGUCCGGCUGGCGGCGCUGAUCGGAAUGUCCAGGGCGUUGGAUUUGGUGCUCACCGGGCGAGGAGUUCGCGCGAAGGAAGCGCUGGAGAUUGGCCUCGCGAACCGGGUUGUGGCCGUUGGAACGGGGCUGGGCCAGGCGUUUAACCUGGCGGCAAGCAUCGCAAAGUAUCCGCAGAAGAGUUUGAACCACGACCGGAAUUCGAUGUACCACGCGGUUUACCAGGCAAAAACCUUGCAGGAAGCGAUGGAGUACGAGGUGCUGACGGCGGGCGAGGAUUUGCUAAAGGAUGCGGUUUACGGGGCGACACGAUUUGCCGAGGGCGUCGGCAAGCAUGGGAAGUUUCAGGACAUCAAGGAGAAGCGGAUGGCCGACUGGGAGAAGGAAGAGCUGGCGCACGAGAUAAAGGCGGCGGAGGAGAGGGGGAAAGAGGAACCGAAGGCGAAGUUGUAGUUGGUUGGGGGUUUUGGGAACUUGUGGGUCUGGCAACUUGAUUUCCUUCCUAUUGUUGUAGAUGAGAGAAUAUAUUUUUGUUAGUGUUGA